CGACUUCCGAUUUCCGAACCAAGUUCGAGAGCAGAGACGGCGGGACGGGAGGGAGACGAUACGUACGGCCUCGCUCCUCCUCCGCCUUCACGGCGACCAUGCUACGAAACCCAUUCGCGGGCUUGCCUUGAAUCUUUGAACCUUUGAACCCUCGAACGGAGCCGCCUCUUGCUCGCGGCUGCUCAGCCAUGGCGAAACCGCUGUCUCUUACCCACAGGUCCCUCCUCUUCCUCCGCCCCAUCGCGUCUCCCGCCCCCUCGCUCUCCGUCCCCAACGCCGCCGCCGCUGCCGCCCUCGCUCUCUCGUCAUCCCCGGUCCACUCCGCGCUGGCCCAUUUCUUCUCCACCACCUCCACCCCCUACCCUCUCCAGUACGACCUCAUCGUCAACCGCCCGGCUCAGUCCUCGCUCGCCAGGACUCGCCCCCGCCUCGGCGGGCCCGGCGGACCCGAGACCUCCCCCGAGCCGGACGGCCCCGAGAAGCCCGACGUCGACGUCGAGCUCGGGUUCGACGACUGGGCCGACCGGAAGCUUGCGCCGGAGGCGGAUUCCGGGAUGGACAAGUCCAAGAGGAAGUACUACAGCAAGAGGUUGAAGAGGAUGUACGGGUCCGAUUCGGAGGACGAGAGGAGGCGGAGUGAGGCGGAGGGUGGGUUCGUGGAGUUGAGGCCUGAGGUGGUGGAGUUCCACAGGUUGCACAAGAGAGAGGAGGAGCUGUACUUCCACGAUGCGUUCGCUUAUCCUUGGGAGAAGGACAAGCAUUACAAGAUGGUGUAUCAGCUGGAGAAGAAGUAUUUCCCCGAGCAUUGCCUCGAUAAGGCGUUCCUCGAGCCUGGAGAGAGCGGCGGGCCGAGGAGAAAUGCGGGCGCGAAGGGGAAGAAGGAUGAGAGGAGAGCGAAUGUGGGUGAGGAAAAGAUGGAGGAUAAGAGGUUGGUGUUCUUUGAGGGGGAGAAGAAGGAUGGUGAUGAUUUGGCGAGGGACGAGGGGAAGAAGGAUGUGAUGGAGAAGAAGGUGGAGGAGUUCUUCAAGUGUUUGAAGAAAGUUCCCAGUGAGAAGAAUGUGGCGAGUGAUGGUGAGCCUUACGUUUUGACUAGGAGUACUGAGCUUCCUCCAAUAUGGGAUGGGCCUUACGGGACAGUGGUUCUGAUAAACAAACCCAAAGGCUGGACUUCAUUCACAGUUUGUGGGAAGCUUCGACGUCUGGUCAAAGUAAAGAAGGUUGGGCAUGCUGGUACUCUUGAUCCUAUGGCAACUGGAUUGUUGAUUGUAUGCGUGGGUAAAGCUACCAAGCUAGUGGAAACAUAUCAGGGUAUGGUAAAGGGUUAUAGCGGGGUUUUCCGUUUAGGAGAGGCCACAUCAACUUUGGAUGCUGAUUCACCAAUCAUCCAGCGUGAGCCUUGGGAGCACAUCAAAGAUGAAGAUAUAAAGAAAACUGCGGCAUCCUUUCUUGGAGAGAUCUGGCAAGUCCCACCAAUGUUUUCGGCCAUAAAAGUUGGUGGAGAAAAAAUGUACGAGAAAGCAAGAAGAGGAGAAACUGUUGAACUUUCACCGAGAAGGAUUUCGAUACUCAAAUUUGACAUUGAGCGCAGCCUGGAGGACAGACAAAAUUUGAUUUUCAGGGUAACGUGUUCAAAAGGGACUUACAUCCGUUCUCUGUGUGCCGAUUUUGGGAAGACCCUCGGAAGCUGCGCUCAUUUAACUGCUUUGAGGAGAGACUCAAUAGGGCAAUAUUCUGCUGAUGAUGCUUGGGACUUCAAGGAUUUAGAAGAGGCCAUUACCAAGGGAUACUUUUAGAUUCUUCAUUUCCUCCAUGGAAGAUAUGCAAGUCGUCAAGAACCGAAUCUCCUGGAAAUGAGGAAGCUUGUGUUAUGUGAUCGUUUUUGCCUUGUUCUCGCAGUCACCAUAUCUAUGCGUGUGCAGUUUCAUAGAGGGUUUAUUUUUUUGCCGGUAUAGGGGAGAUUGUAGGCCAUUUAUUAAAGUUGUAAAAUAACAUACAUAGUAAUUUGUUUU